UCUUACUUUUGUUUUCUAACGGUUCGGCGGGAACUGGCAGUGUCACUUGUCAGUGCUUGUCAGUGAAUUGAUCACAUGGAAGAAUUCUUCCAUGGAAUAGGUGCAAUGAGUUGUACAAGUUGUGAUAAAUGAGAAUUCGAUUGGCAAGUUUUGGCGAUGUGUUUGUGACAUCUCUUCAAUGUUUGGAGGCUACAAGCGCAGAUGGUCUUUCCCAAUCUUUCUGUUACCUGUGAUCGUGACUUGAAUACUGUCCUAACACUGUUAUAGUAUUGAAAUGUGGGAUGUUGCUGAGACUACGAAUUAGCUAGACAACUGUGUCGGCCUGUUUCCUUUAAUCAUAAAAAGCAAGAUUUAGGGAAAAAAAAUUUCUUUGGAGAUAGAAAUGACUAAUACAUUAAAUAAGGAAUAUGUCGAUUUGUUGGAAGAACAAGGAGAAGACCAGCUGUUGCUUAAUGCUCUCGAAGAAAGCAUCAGGUUUUAUCAAGAGGUGGAGGUACCCAGGCAACGCCAACGUGAACAUGAACCUGGACCAUCCAGAGAAACCUCCAUAAGGAAGGAGGAAACUUCAAAAGCAGAGAAGCAACAGUUCGUUGGAAUGGAUGAAAAUGGCUUUGACAAGGGUGCAGGCCGAACUUGGAUUUAUCCCACCAACUACCCCAUUCGUGACUAUCAGUUCAACAUUGUGCAGUCUGCCCUCUUCAAAAACACUCUAGUUAGUCUGCCAACAGGUCUGGGAAAAACAUUUAUUGCCGCUGUAGUGAUGUACAACUUUUAUCGUUGGUAUCCAGAGGGUAAGGUGCUAUUUUUAGCUCCAACUAGACCUCUUGUGGCUCAACAAAUUGAUUCUUGUUACAAAGUAAUGGGAAUUCCAAAAAAUGACACUGCAGAAAUGACAGGUCAGAUGCCACCUAAUCAACGAGAAGUGCAUUGGAAAAAGUGUCGUUUAUUUUUCCUGACUCCACAGUCUCUCAUGAGCGAUUUGAUGCGUAGCACUUGUCCUGUGCAGCAGAUACGCUGCAUUGUGAUAGACGAAGCUCACAGGGCAACUAAGAACUAUGCCUAUUGUCAAGUAAUUCAAGCUAUCCUUCCUUUCAACAAGUAUUUUAGAGUUCUUGCUUUGUCAGCUACCCCUGGCAAUGACAUGGAAGCAGUUCAACAGGUAUUAAAAAAUCUACUGAUUGAACAUGUGGAAGUGAGAGACGAGCAGUCAUCAGAUACUGCACAAUAUACAAAUGAACGAACUGUUGAUACAAUUGUAGUGAGGUUGGAGGGAUUCCACAAAUUCAUUGAAGAUUCCUUUUGCCAAAUAAUUGGAACUUAUCUGGAUGUUCUUUUGAAGUGGAAACUAGUGUAUGUUAAUGCAAGGAAUGUAUCUAAGUAUGCAUUGAUGAUGGCUCGAAAUAAAUUUCGAUCAAAUCCCCCUCCUGGUGUGACUCAAAAUAUUGCUCGACAAAUAGAAGGAGACUUUUUUUUAUGCAUGAGUUUGGCCCAUGGACUCGAAUUGCUAAAUCAGCAUGGAUUGCGCAAUCUAUUCAGGCAGAAUAUUACUGUGUGGAUUCUUACCCCUUUGACUGCUUUGGGUGUGCCAUCAGUGUAUCACGUGGUGCACGGAAUACAUUUGGCCACUGACAGGCUCUAUGCUGAGCCUGCCAGUCAGGCUGUGCUCAGCGCAGUUGGUCAUGGUCUUCUUCAAGAUGAAGAUAAAACAAAUCCUGCCUCCAGAGCUCGUUUGUUAAGCAAUAAAAAUUUUGAAAAGUUACUAUCCGUUUUGGAAGAUCGAUUAGGAGAAACUGACUUACAGGAGCCUGAUCUCAACACUUCAAUUGCAGCAAUUCAAACGCAGUCUGCUCCCCCUUUGUUUUCCCAUCCAAAAAUGGAAAAAUUACGUGAAGUGGUUAUUAAUCAUUUCCAAAACUACGCACUGAAAGGGGAGGAAACUAGAGUUAUGGUGUUUUGUCAGUACCGAGACACGGUUGUGGAAGUGUGUCAUCUUUUGGCUCGCUUGAAACCGUUGGUGAAGGUCAUGAGCUUUGUGGGACAAUCCACUGGCAAGUCCAACAAGGGGUUGUCACAAAAACAGCAACUUCAGAUUAUGGAAAGAUUUCGUAGAGGUGGUUACAAUACUCUUAUUUCAACAUCAAUAGGAGAAGAAGGGUUGGAUAUUGGUGAAGUGGAUCUGAUAGUUUGUUAUGACGCACACGCUUCUCCGAUUCGUCUUGUUCAAAGAAUGGGGCGAACUGGUAGAAAAAGGCAAGGAAGGAUUGUUAUGUUGCUAACUGAAGGAAAAGAAAAUAAGAAAUAUCACCAAAGUUUAACCAACAGGAAAUCAAUGAACAGUGGACUAGUAAAUAGUAAACAGCUAAUGCAGUUUUUGUACAAGAGUCCCCGAAUGGUACCAUCAGACUUUCAACCUGAGUGUUAUAAGAUGUUCAUGAGUAUGCCCAAAAUCAGUCGAGAUAGAGAUGUGAGAAAAAUGUUGAUGAGUAAGAAAAGUAAUGCUUCCAAAGAAAAUGGCAUUAGUAAGAAUUUCAUAGUGGAAGAAACAGAUUUGGACCUACCUCCGGAUAUGUUACCUGAAACCAAGUAUUUGCACUCAUUUAAUGCAGAUGAAUUGCUGAAAUAUAAUUCUGCGGAUCCACAAAAUUUGUGUCCAGAUGUAGAUUGGUUGCUUUGUGACAAUGCGACAGAGCUUGUGUCACGAUCUACUAUAGCGAAAGACUUGCAAGAGCUGCUAGAGUUUGCAGCGAGACGACGUUGUGAUGUACCCCUCACACAGACUGCAAAUAUGGCAUCUCAAGUAAACAUCAAUUCUCUUUGGCCUCGAAGAAAGAGAAAAAAUGCUGCUGCAGAGCUUGUUAACAGAAAAGCUAAACAGAAAAGACUUACAACUCUGUGGACCCAAGACAAUGCUAUUGUUUCUGACAAUUGUGAAGUUUUUGUUGAUAACCCUAUUCUCGAAACAAUUCAAACCACAGAACAUACUGAGGAAAAUAUGGUUGACAUAUUACAAGAGAGUUUCAUUAUGUCUGAGCAUAUCCUUUCAAAAAUGAAGGAGUUGGAGGAGGGGAUAAUCUCCUGUUGCAGAAUUUCAAGAAUGUUUAAAAAUUCUGGACUAUCUGACUUCCUAGUUGGCUUCGAAAAGGGAGACAGCAAAGCAGUUCGGGAAGAUGUGACUUUGGCAGAUUCAGGAUAUUUUGAUGAUUUGCUAAAUCCUGAUGUUUGGGAAAACUAUAACAGUGGAAGAAAACAAGAGGUAGUAAAGAAGUCUGAAAGUUUUGCAGAUUUUGACGAGUUACUGGAUCCUGACAUCUGGGAAAACUCGAGUGAAGAGAGUAAGCAAGAUAAAAGUCCUAAAGUUACUCAAGGGCAGAGAAGAAAAGUUAGGAAUUAUUUAAAUGAUGACCAUUAUUUCUCCAGUGAUCUAAAAGAAAAGGGCGAGGAACCAGGCUUGCCUGUAAGUGACAAAGAUGAACAAGACCAUUAUUUCUCCAGUGAUCUAAAAGAAAUGGGCAGGGAACCAGGUUUGCCCCUAAGCUACGAAGAUGAAGAAGUCCGUUAUUUCUCGAGUGAUCUAAAAGAUUUGGUCAGGGAACGAAGUUUGCCCUUAAGCUACGAAGAUAAACAUGAGCGUAAUCUUGGUACUGACAUGAAUAUUCCAAUAAACAGUGAAUCUACAGUAGCUGAUCAUAAAGAUAUUGAACCAAAUUUUGACAUAGGCAUUUCACAACUUCUGAAUUUGAGCCCUGAUUUAUCUCUGGAUAUCACAGAUGUUCAAGAUGAUACUGAUUGUGUAUCUCCUAGUAUUUUACGGAAUGGAUCACAAAAAAAAUUCAUCAAGCAAAAUCAUGUGUCAAAUAUGAUUCCUUUGGAAGAAGAUGGUUGCAAUAAAAUUGUGUCUGAAAAGGAAGUAAAAAGCGAUAAUGUUGCAGAAGAGUGGAAGGAGGAUCAAGGGGAUUUAUCAAAUUUUGUUGAUGAAGCUAUUUUGAAGUGGUUGGGAUCUUCGGAAGAAGAUUUUGAAAUGUCUGCAUCAUUAGAUAAGUCAGAAAAGGAUAUAACAAAUAUUUCCAGAGCCCAGCUGUCUCCUAUUAUUUCUUCUCAAAGAAAAAAGCCUUUGCUUAGUGUUAUAAGUUCUUCAACUCCCAAACCUGAGAAAAUUCAAUUGGAUAUCAAAAAGAAUGACAAGAAAGACUCAAAACGGAAGAAGAACAAUAAAAAUAGAUUAGACUUCCCUGGAGCUGGUGGAUUGUUCAUUGAGGAUGAAGCUGAAGAAUCCAGAGAGGACCGUCGCGACUCUUCAGAUGGUGAGAAUACGAGUGGAUUGGAUGAACUGGAUGACAGUUUUGUGGAUGACGAGGAGAGAACUGUUAAUGAUUCGGUGGACAUCCAGGCUCACUAUUUGCUGAAGGCACAUGGACAGUUCAAAAUAAAAGAAGUUCAGAAUUUUCAAGGAAAUGUAUAUUCCCAAGCUCUCACUGAAGAAGAAUUAAAGGAAUCUUACGAAGAGGAUUCUUUUUGUGUCAGCACAAACAGUGAAGAAUCAGACGGCUAUGAAGAAGACACUUUGGACAUCAUUGAAGCUGUUCUGAAAAAGAAAACUAAAAGGAAAACCGCUGAACCCAAAAAACAAAAGGGGAGAAAAAGAAUUCGGGUUGAGUCUUCUUCAAGCAAUGAGGACAUGGAUGAAUUAAGAAAUAUUCCUCCCACUCAAAUUUUUUCAGGCUCACCGAACAAUGGUGACGUUCUUCAGGACGAAGAGAAAGAAAUUGCUAGUUCCAGUCCUGAUAUCAAAAAGAGUUCCAACAAAAGAAAAUUUGUUUCUGAGAGUGAACUAAAAAGUAGUGAUCCAAAAACAAAACACUGGAAUGACGAUGACUGUCUUGUAAUGGAUGAUUGUUUCGUUCGUCCAAAUGAAUUUGUUGCAAAGAGGUUACCAUGCGUGGAUAAACAAGCAAAACAGUUGAAUAAAUUUAUAGGAGCAAAAGCAGCAAAAAGUUCAAUCUGUGAUUCUGAAUUUGGUACUAUUGUGAAAACUUCUGAGCCAAUUGGAGUGCGAAAGCAGUUAAAAUUCUCAGGAAACAAUGCUGAUAAGAAAACUCUGUUGACGGACUUCUUCUUGCACAAGGCGAAUGACAAAAGAGAAAGUCAUGCAACAGCUAAAAAGCAAGUCAAAUUUGGCGUGGCUAGCCAUUUGGAAGGAAUGGAAGAAAACAGAAGUGCUUCUGGAAACCACUUAGAAACUCUUGACAUGGCCAGACAGGAUGCAUCCUGUGGUCAAGGAAAGUUGGUGGUAAUCACAGCAUCAAGGCAGGUAGUGUCUGCACCCGAGAUUAUUACUUCCUUGAAGGCACGUCACAAUAUAGUUGUUCACGUCCAUUCCGUCCAAACAGCACACUAUGUUGUGAGCCCAUAUGUGGGCGUUGUCCGAGUAACAGCGAAAGAUAUUGCUGGUAACAAAACUACACCAUUAUUGGAUGUGGCUAAAAAUUUAACAUCUCUUUUUCAACAAGCCUAUUUUAUAAUAGAACUCAGCCCAAGUGAAAAUACCCAGAAGGGGUUUCUUGAUCUUAGCGUUCGCCUUCGAAAUAUAGGAAUUCGAAUUUUGUAUUCAGACAGGAAAGCUUCCACAGCAGAUAUGCUGGCUAAUUUAUGUUGCCGUGAAUUUUCUUGUGGUCAUAGCAUCAAUUUACCAAAAUCUAUUAAAGACAGUACAGCAAAUUUUGUGAUUCAUGAGCCCAAUGCUGCUUGUAACAUCAAAAGAGCACUUCCUCCAUUGCAGGUCGUCUCCUUUUUUGAAGGCCUUCCAGGAGUAAACAUUGCUAUGGCAUUUGACCUCGUCUGUCGUUUUAAAACCAUAGCGGAUUUCAUUAACAGAUGCAAGUCUGUACCUGACAUUCGACAGAUAUUAGGAAUAAAUCGAGAAAGAGCACGUAAAAUAUAUUUCUUGCUGCGUGAUGUAUUGUGAUAUUUGUAUAUAAUGAGAUUGUGUAUUGAAUUCAGAAUUCUAAUUUUUAUUCUUGUAUUAUAAAUUAAAUCAAUGAUAUUUUUUGAAAAUUAUUUGUACAGAUUGAGUUUUGAUACUAUUUAUUUGUAAAAAUAAAUAUAUUUAUUUAUUUAAAUAU